AAUGCGAGAAUUCGCCGCUUAGGAAGAUAAGCCAUGGACUCCAUUGAAGACAUCUUCGAGUCUUCUUUAAAAUUGGAAGAAACUCACUUCAAAGAAGGAUACGACGAGGGCUACGCGGACGGCCUUGCCUCGGGGAAGGAAGAGGGGCACCAAGUCGGCCUUAAAACUGGAUUCGAAGUCGGGGAGGAGUUAGGGUUUUACAGAGGAUGCGUCGAUGUAUGGAACUCUGCGUUUCGGGUCGACCCCAAUUUUGCGUCGGCCAGAAUUCAGAAGGCGAUCAAGCAGAUGGAAGAUUUGCUGCAGAAAUACCCGAUUUCUGAGCCGGAAAACGAGUCGGUCACUGAUAUAAUGGAUUCUUUGAGGCUUAAGUUUAGAGCAGUUUGUGCCAGUAUGAAUGUGAAGAUGGAGUACAAUGGAUACCCCAAAGCAUCCGAUUCUGGAAAUAUUUCAUUCUGAUGUUUACUUUUCGUUGCUCCGGGUGCAAGGUGUUCGACGAUUGUCCUGAGAAAGGAAUCUUGUUUAUUAUGGUUGAUAGACAGAAAAGUACACAGAUUCCCAGUUUAUUUUCUGCUGAUUACAAAACUUUUCUGUUCUGGUGUUACGCUGUAGUAAUCUCUGUACUGUAUCUCCAUUGAGAAGGAUUUUAAUAAGCUCUGAAGAACCAGCCUUUCAAUUUUGAAUAAAUUUGUUAAUUAUUCUUAUUA